AUGGGGAUGGAAGAAUCUCUCACCGUUGGGACUAGUUUGGUCGACUUCUAUUGCAAGUGUGGAAACAUGGUGGACACUCGACUGGUUUUUGAUAAGAUCUUUGCCAAGGAGCUAGCGGCCUGGACAGCUCUCGUGGAAGGCUAUGGCCGUCAAGGAAGCUCCAAGCUUGUGAUGGAGUUUCUUUGUGGAAUGGAAGAGGAGGGGUUUCGACCAGACGCUAAAACUCUGGCUAGCGUUAUCACUGCUUGUAGCCACGGUGGCGAGCUAGAGGCCGCCAGGAAACUCUUUGCAGAAGUGAUUCCUUCGCAGGAUUAUUUCGUGCGCAUGGUGGAUCUUCUAGGUAGAGCCAAUGAGCUAAAUGCCGCAGUAGACAUGGUUAGCUCGGUGGAAAGUGUUAGCAACGCUAAGUUGGUGGUGUUGUGGAGAAUUAUCCUAGAUGCUUGUAGAAGGUGGAAGAAUCUUGAGGUGGGAAAGGUGGCAUUCAAGCGUUUGAUGGAUUUGGAUGAGUUUGAUUCAGCGGCUUAUGUACUAUUCGCAUCCAGCUAUGAUUAA